AUGUCCGACGUCCCACCACCAAAGGUAGAAGUACCAGAAGAAACCACCUCCAAGCAAGCCCCAGCUUCUAGCGGAGCCUCUUCCGGAGCUUCCAAACCUGGAUUCAACCAGGAGUUAUUGAUCAAGACCGUGCAAACCUUGCAGUUUGCUUGGUUCGUAGGUCACUUGCUCACCUUGACAGGUAUCUUCUUCUAUUCGUUGACCUACAUCAAGAUUGGUGUUCGUGCCUACAAGUUCUGGUACACCGUCGCUUUGUUUGGGAUCCUUGAAAGCUUUGGUAUUUUGAUCUUCCAAAUCUUCCAGAAGAGUGGCUCCAAUGUGUUCUCAGUGCUCAAGAAUGACAACAGUCAAUUCUUCUUGUUAAGCGCCGCCUUGCUUUUCUUGAGACCUUACGUGUUGUUGACCUUGUUGCCAUUUGCCUUGUACUCGGUGUUCCACUCUUUGGCCUACAUUCAAACCUAUUUAUUGCCAGUUUUUGGCCUCGACAAGCAUGCUAUUUCCAAGACUAUUGGGGAUUUCGUUGCUAACAACAACGUUAAGUCCGUUCAAUUGGGAAGUGUGAUCGAAGUCUACGCAUACGUGUGGUUGUUCGUCAGAUUGCUUACUUUCAGAAGAAGAUCAUUGGUUCCAUUUGUGGUGUACACCGUUUUCAUCAAGACCAGAUUCGAAAACUCCAUCUUCACCAGAAACUACAUCAAGUCCAUUGAAGUCAAGGUUGACUCCUUGGUUAACUCGGUUAACGUUCCAGCUGUCAAGCAAGGAUGGACCACCUUCAAGCACACGGUUAGAAAGACCGGUGACUUCUACUUGGUCAAUGACUACACCAAGGAAAAGCUGACUUAA